AUGGCGAGCGGUCAGCGAAUCGGAUCACAAAAGGACGAGCUGAAGAAGAGGAGUCUGUGCGAUAAAGGGCUGAAGGUUGAGCUGAUGGCCCGGCUGCAGGCCGCUCUGGAUCAGGAGGCGCUGUCCACCAACGGCUCUGAGGGACAGUACGAGGAUGGAGGCGAUGAAGACCUCGAGGAAGAUCUGGCUGGAGAGAGUAUGGAGGCUGAGGAGGAGGAGGAGGAGGAUGGAGAUAACGCGGAGGCUGAGGAGCAGCAGGAUGAUGACAUGGAGGAGGACGCCGGGGUAGAAAUGGAUAAAUCAGAUGAAGAUGAAGAUGUCCUGCUUAAAGAAGAUGAGGAGGAGAUGGAGAAAUUUGAGGAGGAUGAUGUGGCUCUCGACAUGGGCCCUGGCGAGGGGGAUGCGGACAAAGACAAGAAUGAUGAACAGAAGAAUAAGAAGGGUGUAAAGAGGCGCCGAGAUGAACAUGGAAGGGGCUACUUUGAAUUUAUUGAAGAAAGCAAAUACAGCCGGGCAAAGUCUCCCCAGCCUCCACUGGAGGAAGAGGACGAAGAGUUUGAUGACACAACUGUGUGUUUGGACACCUACAACUGUGACCUGCACUUCAAGGUGUCUCGGGAUCGGUAUAGCGCCUCCUCACUCACUAUGGAGAGCUUUGCCUACCUGUGGGCCGGGGGACGAGCGUCUUACGGUGUGGCAAAGGGCAAGGCUUGCUUCGAAAUGAAGAUUAUCGAGAAGAUUCCUGUAAAACACAUUUCCAGUAAAGGAAUUGAGAUUCAUGACGUUCUGGUGGGUUGGUCACUGGCCAGUAGCUCUCUUCUGCUAGGGGAGGAAGCACACUCGUAUGGCUUUUCAUCUAAGGCCAAGAAAACCAGCAACGGUGUGACGGAGGACUUUGGGGAGGCUUUUGAUGAGAACGAUGUUGUCGGUUGCUUUAUUAACUUUGAUGGUGAAGAAGUGGAAAUUUCCUACUCCAAGAAUGGACAGGAUCUGGGAAUAGCUUUCAAAGUCAGUAAGGAUGAGUUGGAGGGAAAGCCGUUCUUCCCUCACGUCCUCUGCCACAACUGUGCGGUUGAGUUCAACUUCGGCCAACACGAAACCCCGUUUUUCCCCCAACCUGACGUCUUUACGCUCCUGCAGCAGAUCCCUGUGUGUGUUCGUAUCAGAGGACCGAAGGGACCGGAGACCAAAGAAGACUGUGAGGUCAUUGUCAUGGUUGGACUGCCUGGAACGGGAAAAACCGAAUGGGUUACAAAGCACACCAAAGCCAAUCCUGGAAAAUACAACAUUCUUGGAACAAACACAAUCAUAGAGAAGAUGAUGAUUUCCAGUUUGAAGCGACAGAUGAAAGAUGUCACAAAGCUCUCAGCAAUAUCUCAGCGUGCUCCCCUCUUCCUCGGGAAAUUCAUCGAGAUCGCGGCACGGAAAAAACGCAACUACAUACUUGACCAGACUAACGUAUCAGCACCAGCCCAAAGAAGGAAAAUGUGCCUGUUUGCCGGUUUCCAGCGUAAAGCAGUGGUAGUCUGUCCGACAGAUGAGGAAUAUAUACAGAGGACUCAGAAAAAGGCAGAAACAGAUGGCAAAGAUGUACCUGAACAUGCAGUCCUAAAAAUGAAGGGAAUAUACACGCUGCCUGUGGAAGGUGAGUGCUUCAGUGAAGUGCUUUAUGUCGAGCUGCAGAAAGAAGAAGCUAUCAAACUUCUUGAACAGUACAAGGAGGAGAGCAAAAAUUCCCUUCCUCCUGAGAAGAAGCCCAACCAGGGAGGGGUUCAACCAAAGAGGGGAGGCACUCGGGGACGAGGAGGCAAAAAUCUGUUCAACCGUGGUGGAGGAGGACAGGGUCAGAGGGGAGGACGAGGAGGCUUUCAAAACCGAGCCAACUUUAGGGGUGUGCCUGGACCUCGUGGUGGGUUCAGCAGACCACCGAGAGGCUUCCUUCCUCCCCCUGCCUUCCGAGGAGGCUUCAACCGGGGUAGUUUCAAUCGCGGCGGUGGGAUGCCUAACAGAGGUGGCGCCCCCAGGCCGGGACCUGGACGUGGCAAUAUGGUUAACAUGGGCAACAGAGUAGGAGCCAUGAACAGGGGCAACAUGGGACGAGGGGGAGGGGCCAACCGGGGCAACUUCAACCAGAAAUUCAGGGGUCGAGGAGGAAAUAAUCGAGGUUUUAAAAAUGGCAACUUUAGCAUGAACAAAGCACAAGCUUUCAACCAGAGCUGGCAACAAGGGUUCUGGAAUCAGAAACCAUGGAGUCAGCAGUACCAUCCUGGAUAUUACUGAAUAAUAGCUGUGAUGGACUGAUAUCACAUGAAGAACAUCAGCUUUAACUUCAGAAGUCAAAUGUUCAUUUUAUCUAAUGUCCUUUUGUUUUUGUACAGAUUUGAAUAGGACAUUCCAUAUUGGGAGCUUUCAGAGCUUUACAGGUGACCUGUUAACAGUUUUAUAAAUGAAUAUUUUAUGUUUGUCUUUGACCGCAGGUUCGUAUGACAAUGCGGUUCAAUUCAGGAAUCUCAUAUUACUUCAGGGUGGGAUGUUUGUCUUUAAAACCUUUCAGGGUUCUGGAUUUUAUUUUUAAUUAGCCUCGUGUGAAUCUUUGUGUAGCAGUAAAGCUCCAUAACAAAAGAGUUGUCAAGGCACUUUGCAGUUAUAUGAAGAAAAUCUGUCCUGCUGCAAUAAUAUUUUUAUUUAAAAGAACAUGAUACAUGUAUAAACUGAGAUACUGAAAUGUGGAGUAAGUCUUGUAUAUAAGGUCUGGACAGCUUUUGCAGACUGUAUUAAGAAAAUGAAUUGAAACUGGAAAUUUCAAUGACAGUUGUGUAAUAAUUGUGUGUGUUGUUUAAAAUCUCUUCCUUGGAUUAGAAUUGAACUGAAUUUAGAAAGUGUUGAUUUAAAAGCAGUCCAUCGCCUGUACAAAAAUGAAGUAGGUGCUAAACAGUCUGUUU